AUUCCAGAAGCCAAACAAGCUUGGCGGUUAGUGGCGCUGUUUCUCCCCUCUCUCUUUCUCUUUUAUCCUGUAUGCACGUAUUCAGUUCGGUCUCGUUGCCCUCGUUGGCUGGCUGGGCUGGACCGUGUCGACGUCUGACGGAAAAAAACGACUAAACGAUAAUAACGGAGCACAAAGUUACUCAGUUUAUAGUUACUUAGCAACAGACCAGAUAAUCGGGAGAAAAUGUCACACCAGACUGGAAUUAAAGCCAACGAAGCGCUCAAGAAGAUUUUCGCCAAGUGUAGGGAUGGAAAGAUUCGCGUACUGAAAGUUUCUAUUGAAAAUGAGGAACUGGCUCCAUCUGCUUCCUCUAAACCUGUGGGAAAAUGGCAGAAUGAUUACGACAAAAUGAUAAAGCCACUGAUAGAAGAAAAUCAGCCGGCAUAUCUACUUUAUCGUCUAGAUACUAAAUCAGCAGACUCAGGGUAUGAUUGGCUUUUGAUCUCCUGGUCUCCAGACACUGCUCCAGUGAGGCAAAAAAUGUUGUAUGCCUCGACAAAAGCAACAUUAAAACAAGAAUUUGGGACAGCAUCGAUCAAGGAGGAGCUACAUGGAACUGUUGCAGAAGAUGUUACCUUGGAAGGGUAUCACAAACACAAAAGAAAUGAUGCUGCUCCUGCACCAUUGACUACUGCCGAAGAAGAACUCGCUGAAAUGAAGAAAACAACUGUACAUACAGACUACAAUAUUGAAACAAGACACCAAACGCUAAGUGGAGUUGCAUUUCCCGUGACAGAUGAAGCUAAACAAGCAAUAACUGAUUUAGGACAGGGUGUUCAUGAAUAUGUACAAUUGAAAAUUGAUUUAGAAGAAGAAAAAAUUCAUCUUGUUACAGCUGGUGAAGUUUCUUUGGAUAAAUUACCAACAAAAAUACCUUCUGACUCAGCUAGAUAUCAUUUAUACAAUUUUAAACAUACUCAUGAAGGAGACUAUAUGGAAGCUAUAGUUUUUAUAUACAGUAUGCCUGGGUAUAGCUGUAGUAUUAAAGAGAGGAUGUUAUACUCAUCAUGCAAGGCACCUCUACUUGAGCUUAUCCAAUCUCUGGAAGUAGAAAUUGUGAAAAAGUUUGAAGUGACGAGCGGUGAAGAAUUGGCGGAGAUGUUGGAAGAGCCGCCAGUGAAAAAGGGUACGGGCACGUCGACGCCGGCGACUCCGGCCACUCCGUCGACGCCUUGCGCUCCUCCGUCAAACUCAAUUAUCCAAAAGAAAUCCAAGCCGAAGCGAUCCUGUGUUAUAAGUUAACAGGCCUAUGAUAUUUUUGUGCCGAUAUAUAAUAGCAUCUCUUGUUGAUCUGAGCAGAGAUUUAACUGCUUAGAUUCUCUAAUCUAAGCAAUUAUAUCGAUGUAUUUUUCGAGUGCAGGAAAUCGUCCAGUAGUAGUUGGAUCGAUUGUGAUAUUGCGCGAAUCUAUCUUGGAUAUAUUUAAUGGCAACUAAUAGAUAUCGUAUUUUUCUGGAGUUUUAAAAAUUCUCGAAACUUAGGAAAGUGAUACGUAUUACAAUACGUAAUUUAAAGUAAUAACGAAAUAGAGAUCUAUUAUGGCAAUGUAUUUUUCUAAAUUACAAACGGUCUAUUCAAAAUCUGGGAUAUGUCGUUUCAAAGAACGCCGAAUGAUAUAUGCAGAAGUAUAUAUUAAUAAUCGUAGAGAUAUUUUUGCUCAAGGAAGGAUAAAAAAAAAGAAAGAGAUAGCUGGACUGAGAGCACAAAGAGAUGAUGACUAAAAAGAUUUUAUUUUUAAGACAACGCGUAACGAGAUGCCAUACAUUCAUUCUUAGUCUUUUUCAUUUUUUAGAGUUUUCGUGCAGACAUAUUAUAAAAAGUUAAGCCAAUUUAUCGCAGAUUUGUUUAGUGUUGAAUUUUGAAAAAUUCUUAAUAAUAAUACCGUGAUAUUACACUGAGAUCCUAUAUUUUUUGCUUAAAAAUAAUAAAAAUAGCAGUCUGUUUCACUUUGUUGUUACGAGAUAAGCAAGUUUCAUUUGAAAUAUCUGACUCAUAUCUCGAGCUUAAGUCUUUUGCAUAAGUUGUUUAAUGGUAGGUUAUUGUCAUUUUAGUCUUGUCUGUCAUUUAUUUAUUAUAACCCUACUAACAGCAUAACAAAAUAUUUCUCUUUUUCAUAAAAAACCCUUCAUCACAUUUGCUUUUUGCAGUUGCACAAAAAUCUUACAAAUGGCCAAAACAAAAUAAUGCGAUAUCUUUGAACGAUAAAUUUAAAGACCAGUGCACUGCCUGUAUAAUUAGUUCCUAGUCUUGAAACAAGUGAUAUAUUUAUAAGUUACGUGUGCAUUAUGCAGUUUUUUCAUAAUUUCGCCAAACAAAAGCUUAAAUCGAGUCUGAUGUCAAGGGCUGAUAUAUGUUGGAAUUUGCUUGGAACAUUAAAAAUAGCAGUAUUCAUUGAAGCAUGGAAUACAUAUUUUUAGGUUUUUAAAUUACUCGUAUUGUGCGAGAUCAAAUUGUAAUGCUUUCAUGAACCAGUGAUCCCACGAGAUUUUUCGAUAAAAUAUACCUUGAGAUUGUAGAAUAAUUUUUCGUUAAUGAAAAUUAACUUGAUAAUAAACUUAAUAAUGGAUGGAUUUACGACUUAUGUGAUGAAAGAAAAUAAAGAAAAAAGACUAGGAUUUUAUGUGAAAACUUCAAUUAUAAUUAACAGCACUUGCCUAAAUUCUGUAUAUAAUAAUGUUAAAAGAAAUUAUUCUAGAUUAUACAGAAAUUCUAUGCCGGAAAGAAACAUUUUAUGAAUAUUUUUCGACACAUCAUUUUCUCAAAUGACCAAUAUAAAUUGAUUGAGAAAGAUAAUUAAAAUGUGUAUAAAUUUAAGUUAUAUUUUUUGAAUGGAUAAAUAAGCGGAAACUUAUUGAUCUGAAAAAUAAUUCCAAAAAGAACUAAGUCUUCGGAUAUACUCUUCCAAAUUUUUUUCAUCGUGAGCGCUACUGUUGUCGAUGCUUCAAGCGUUACGUCGAAAAUAUAAUAUAUCAAAAGCCAGUGCUAGUAUUAUAUUUGUAUAUGUGUCAAAGAAAAAUUGUAUUUUCUCAAGACUGAUUUUGCAAAUUUUCCAACUACUUCAAACUUUUAUUAUUUCAAUCCAAGUUAUCUCAACUUUUUCCUCAAACUUGAAAAAUGUUACAUUCCAAAAUAGAAAAUAAUAGAAGCAAGGACGAGUAGAAAAAGAUCACGCUUUGAUAGUUGAAAGUUUGAAGCAAGUGGAAUACUCUAAAAACCGCCAAUUAUCGAAUGUGAAUUUAAAAAGCUUCCGUUUUAAUGUGAUCUUUAUUAAUUGUAAUGACGUUUUACGUGAUUCUGAGCUUUGAGUAAUAAAUCUUUCUUUAUAUUAAUAGGAAUAAUUUUCAAGCGUCUACGUCUAUAACGCACAAUCACUAUGGUUUUUAGAAAUAUGACUUUUGCAAACAAUUAUUCGCAGCAAAACUCAUGAAUGUGUAAGUCGUUCACACAUGAGCUUGCCUGGGGCUGGAUAAUUAAAAUUUUUAGUGGCUACACACUUGCUCCAGGCCUAUUAUGUAACGGAUAUUUUUACUUGUUUAUUUAAUAACUGUUAUUGAUUAAUGAAAGUGUCAGCAGAAUUUCACGUAGCUAUAUACUAUGACUACAGCAUGUGUAAAGGCGUGUGAAUAUCGUUGUAUGUCUUGCCAAUGGUACACUCAGUAUCAAAAGUACAAUAAAAUUAUAUGCCAUAUAAAUGUCUACUUGUCUUGAAAUUAUUUUCAUUGUUCAACUCCAUCAUAAUUUUCAUCUCUUUUUUCUAUACUGACUCUAGAAGAUAAGUUGAGAAAUUUCUAAGUUAGAAGUUAAAAUAAUCUCAUAUAGUAACUUACAAAAUAGGCCUGAAGUCAAUCUUACAAAAAAAUUAUACGUUUUUAAAACAAAUACUAAAUAACCAGUAAACAAUAAUCCAUAUUUUUACUUUUUCU